AUGUCGAGCUGCAAGGAGCGUCGUUUAUUGCGCACUCCAAAGUGUGCCAGGUGUCGCAAUCACGGUGUCAUCUCCUGUGUCAAAGGUCACAAGAAACUGUGUCGCUGGCGUGAAUGUUGCUGCCCCAAUUGUCAACUUGUCGUCGAUCGCCAACGUGUGAUGGCCGCACAGGUGGCACUGCGACGACAACAGACCAUGGAGGCCUUGGAGAUGAGCAGUGGAAAUGGAAAUGGAAAUGGUAUUGGCAGUCAUCCAGUUAAGCCAGAGCUGCACAGCGAUGAGGAGUUGCCAAUUACGCCCACUAAAUCUACCAGCUCCAGUUCCAACUCCAAUUCCAACUCCAGUUCCAGUUCCAACUCCAGUUCCAUGGCAGCCACGCGCCAGGCAUUGAUUGCCCAGAAGCGCAUCUACAAGCAGCGACUACGCAAUCUACAGCAGUCUACACUGCACAUCACAGCAGCCAUGGAAGAAUACAAACAGCGGUUUCCCACGUUCAACUCACCGUUACUGGAACGCAUGCGCAAGCGACGAGCAUUCGCUGAUCCGGAACUGAACUAUGCAAUGGAUACAACGCUACUUGGCAGCUCCGCCUGCAAUGGAACAACAGCUCCUUUGGCAACGCCGACAGCGGGCAUGGUUGGCAACGCCUUUUAUGAUCUAUUGGGUAAUGCCGCCGCAGUAGCAGCAGCAACAGCAGCAGCUGUCGCCCAACAACAGCAGCAGCAACAACAACAGGCAUAUCAAUCAACGCCGCUCCUUACACACACGCCAACUACAACAACGCCCACUGUUGUUAAGAAGCCCAAGCUGAGUUUCUCCAUUGAGUCAAUAAUUGGCGUCAGCACGUAG